AUCUCACCCCACGCCUCACAGGCCACUCACGGACUCGCCCACCCGCCGGGCCGCCCAAUCCGCUCCGAUCCCGUACUCCCGUCCAUGACGUGCUGGAUUGUAGCAGCAACAGAUCUAACCGCCGCCGAUGUCCGACUGUCCGUGAUGGCGCGCAGGUUGAGCUCCAGCUGCAGCAGGGCCGUCGCCUCCUCCUCUUUCCCGUCUCCUCUGCUGCGGCGUAUAUAUACCUGCCCGUCCCGCUCUCUGCUCCUCGCAUCCGCGCCACGCACUUCGUAUCUUUGCCGCCUCCCUCCUCCUUGCGUCACUCCUCGGUGUUCGUUCAGGACUCUCGCGGCGGCCAAGGGGUCGUCAUCGCCGUUGAGCAGCGUCUCGCCGUCCAAGCAGUCACAGAGGAAGAGACAGGAGGAGGAGAUGACGAUCGCCUCGUCCGUCAAGCUCGCCGGCGGCACGCUGUCGGUCUGCGGGCGGACCGUGCUGUCCGACGUGCCGGACGCGGUGGUGGCGUCGUCCGCAGCGGCAGGGGGAGCGGUCGACGGGGUCUUCCUCGGCGCCGACUUCGCCGAGCCGGCCUCCAGACACGUCGUCUCUCUCGGGGCCCUGAGGGGCGUGCGGUUCAUGGCGUGCUUCCGGUUCAAGCUGUGGUGGAUGGCGCAGCGGAUGGGGGAGAAGGGCGGCGACGUACCGCACGAGACGCAGUUCCUCCUCGUAGAGUCCAGGGGCGCCGGUGCCGGCGGCGAGGACGCGUACGUCGUGUUCCUCCCGCUCGUGCAGGGCGCGUUCCGGGCCAGUCUCCAGGGAGGCGCGGGCGAUGAGCUGGAGCUCUGCGUCGAGAGCGGGGACCCCGACACGCGCGCGGCAUCCUUCGAGCGCGCGCUCUUCGUGGGCGCCACAGAGUCCGACCCCUUCGCGGCCAUCGCCGGCGCCGUUGCUGCGGCUAAGUCCGCCCUCAAGACCUUCCGGCUCCGCCUCGAGAAGAAGCUUCCGGGCAUCGUGGAUUACUUCGGGUGGUGUACCUGGGACGCCUUCUACCAAGACGUGACCCAGGAGGGCGUCGAGGCCGGGCUGCGCAGUCUCAUUGCCGGUGGUGCGCCGCCCAAGUUCGUCAUCAUCGACGACGGCUGGCAGUCCGUCGGUACCGACCAAGACACCACCGAUGAGCCCGCUGGCGAGGAUAAGCCGCCCCGCCUGUCUCGGCUCACCGGCAUCAAGGAGAACAGCAAGUUCCAGAACAUCGACGACCCGGCCGCCGGCAUCAAGACGGUGGUGCGCGCGGCGAAGGAGGAAUACGGGCUCAAGUACGUCUACGUCUGGCACGCCAUCACCGGCUACUGGGGCGGCGUCCGGCCGGGCGCCGCCGGGACGGAGCACUACCGCUCCAGCAUGCAAUUCCCCAAGAUUUCGCCGGGCGUCGUGGAGAACGAGCCCGGCAUGAAGACCGACGUGCUCACCACCCAGGGGCUCGGCCUCGUGCACCCGCGCGCCGUGUACCGGUUCUACGACGAGCUGCACGCCUACCUCGCCGCCGCCGGCGUCGAUGGCGUGAAGGUGGACGUGCAGUGCAUCCUUGAGACGCUCGGCGCCGGCCACGGCGGCCGCGUGCAGCUAACGAGGCAGUACCACCAGGCGCUCGACGCCUCCAUCGCCAAGAACUUCCCGGAGAACGGCAUCAUCGCCUGCAUGAGCCACAACACCGACGCCCUCUACUGCUCCAAGCAGACGGCGGUGGUGAGGGCGUCAGAUGAUUUCUACCCGAGUGAUCCCGUGUCGCACACGAUCCACAUCGCCUCGGUGUCCUACAACAGCGUGUUCCUCGGCGAGUUCAUGCUGCCGGACUGGGACAUGUUCCACUCGCUCCACCCCGCUGGAGACUACCACGGCUCGGCCCGCGCGAUUAGCGGCGGCCCCGUCUAUGUCAGUGAUGCCCCCGGGAAGCACAACUUUGAGCUGCUGAAGAAGAUCAUCUUACCUGACGGCUCCGUGCUUCGCGCACGGCUGCCAGGGCGGCCGACCAAGGACUGCCUCUUCAUCGACCCGACACGCGACGGCGUCAGCUUGCUCAAGAUAUGGAACAUGAACAAGUUCACCGGCGUUCUCGGCGUGUACAACUGCCAGGGCGCGGCUUGGAGCUCCGUAGAGAAGAAGAACAUCUUCCACCAGACCGGCACCGAGGCCCUGACGUGCGGCGUCAAGGGCAGCGACGUCCAUCUCAUCUCCGAGGCCGCAACGGACCCCGAAUGGAACGGUGACUGCGCCGUGUACCUCCAUGCUAGUGGCCACCUUGUCGUCCUUCCGAACGGCGCAGCAUUGCCCAUCUCCUUGAAAGUCCUGGAGCAUGACGUCCUCACCGUGUCACCGAUCAAGGACUUGGCACCCGGGUUCAGGUUCGCCCCGAUCGGGCUCGUCGACAUGUUCAACGGCGGAGCGGCAGUGGAAGGCCUGACCUACCACCUCCUCGACAGCGCAAAGCUGGUCGACGGCAACGGCUCUACUUCUAUCUCCGAGGCAAUGGGAUUGGUCUGCAUGGAGGUGAGGGGGUGUGGAAGGUUCGGUGCCUACUCUUCAGUCGGGCCAAGGAAGUGCAUGCUGGGUUCGGCUCAGGUGGACUUCUCCUACGAUUCUUGCUCUGGGCUGGUGAUUCUUCAGCUGGAGGCCAUGCCCAAGGAAAGGGUACACAGGAUUGUUGUGGAGUUGUAGGGUGGUAGCAUCAGUACAUCAGAAAUUCAGAUUAUCAUGCUACGGGUGAUCUGUCCACUUGUGAUUUAUGCUCCCUCUUAUUUUUAGAUGAAGGAAUAAGAUUAUUCCGGCUUCUUAAUAAAGUUAUGCACAUAGCCGUUCAUUAAUACAAAGUUUGAUAUAA